AUGUCUGCCGAAGAACACAAAGCACAAGGAAACAAAUAUUUCGCCGCUAAGGAUUUUGAUAAAGCCAUUGAAGAAUUCACGAAAGCUAUCGAAGCCUCGCCUGAACCAAAUCAUGUCUUGUACUCUAACAGAUCGGGCAGUCACGCUUCUUUGAAGGAUUUUUCUAAAGCAUUAGAGGAUGCCCAAAAGUGUGUUGAGAUCAACUCCUCUUGGGCCAAGGGUUACAACCGUGUCGGUGCCGCCCACUAUGGACUUGGAAACUAUGAUGAUGCAAAAGCCGCGUACUCCAAGGCAUUGGAAUUAGACCCAGGUAAUGCUAUGGCGCAAAGUGGUUUGUCUUCAAUUGAGUCCGCUGAAUCUUCUCAGUAUAGUCAGCCUGAUAUGGGCUUAGGCAAAAUCUUUCUGGACCCCCAAUUGAUCUCCAAGUUGAAGGCCAACCCUAAAACCGCGGAGCUCAUGAACGAUCCAGAUUUAGUUGCCAAGCUUUUGCAAAUUCAAUCGAACCCACAGGCUGGCAUGUCGAUGAUGUUUAGCGAGCCAAGAUUGAUGACUAUCAUGGCUGCUUUAAUGGGCAUUGAUCUCAACAUGGCUGAUCCAGAGGCUUCUGCUUCCAAGGAACCAGCUGAUAAGUCGGAGCCAAAUGUUACUCCGGAAUCUAAGUCAAAAUCUGAACCAAAGUCAGAGCCAAAGCCCACUUCCGAAGUUUCAGAAGAUGUUGAAGAUGUCGAGAUGGAGGAUUCCUCUAAAGUCCAAGCUGAGGAGUUGAAAGCCAAGGCUAAUGCAUUGUACAAACAGAGAAAAUUUGAUGAGGCCAUUGAGCAAUACAACAAGGCAUGGGAACUCCACAAGGACAUCACUUUUUUGAACAACAGAGCUGCUGCCGAGUUUGAAAAAGGAGACUACGAUGCCGCCAUUGCUACAUGCGAGACAGCCAUUGAGGAAGGAAGAAGCAUAAGAGCAGAUUACAAGUUGAUCGCUAAGUCAUUUGCUAGAUUGGGAAAUUCCUACUUGAAGAAGGAUGACUUGGAAUCGGCUGCGAAGUACUUCGACAAAUCCUUGACUGAGCAUAGAACCCCAGAAGUCCUUUCUAAAUUGAGAACCACCCAAAAGGACAUCAAAACAAGAGAAGCUCUUCUGUACAUCGAUCCAGAGAAAGCCGAGCAAGCUAGAUUAGAGGGCAAGGAGUUCUUUACUAACGCCGAUUGGCCUAAUGCUGUCAAAGCAUACACUGAGAUGAUUAAGCGCGCUCCUGAGGAUGCUCGUGGAUACUCCAACAGGGCUGCUGCUUUGGCUAAGCUAAUGUCUUUCCCCGAUGCCGUUGAAGACUGUAACAAGGCAAUUGAGAAAGACCCAACUUUUAUUAGGGCUUACAUUAGAAAGGCUAAUGCUCAGCUUGCUAUGAAGGAGUAUUCUCAGGUUCUUGACACGUUGACGAACGCUCGCGAGAAAGACAACGAGCUCAACUCUGGAAAGAACUCUCUGGAAAUUGAUCAGCUCUACAACAAAGCCUUGUCUCAACGUUUCCUGGCAAUUGAGGGCGAGACUCCAGAGCAAACCAUGGAGAGAGUUUCCAGAGAUCCAGAGAUUGUUUCGAUCUUGCAAGAUCCUGUUAUGCAGGGUAUCUUGGCUCAAGCAAGGGAAAACCCUGCUGCUUUGCAAGACCAUAUGAGAAAUCCAAACAUCAGUAAGAAAAUUAACACUUUGAUUGCCGCCGGUGUUAUUCGUACUCGUUAA